AUGGCCGAAAGCAUCAAUCUGCAAUUGGGGUGGCCGUCGCCGUCACUCUUUCCAUCGGCUCAACUUCUCGACGGCGCGACAAGCGUACUUCACUCGCAAGCAAAAACCGCAGCCUCACUCAUCUACGGCCCAGAUGCUGGCUACGAACCACUUCGACGCAGUAUCGCAGCAUGGCUCACUUCCACGUACGGACGCGGUUCGGAGCUUUCGUCCGACCGCAUCUGUGUUACGAAUGGAGCGUCGGGAAACUUGGACAACGUUCUUGCACGCUUCACCGAGCCAGGCUAUACACGAAACAUAUGGAUGGUUGAACCAUGCUACUUUUUGGCCUGUCCGAUCUUCAUGGACAACGGAUUCCAGGGGAUGAUGAAGGGCGUGCCGGAAGACGAUGAAGGGCUGGAUGUGGACUUCCUACGACGAAGUCUUGCGGACGCAGAUCAAUCGACAACACCCGCUCCAUCAACGCGAAAGACGGGUGAAAGAUAUCAGAAGCUUUAUCGGCACAUCAUCUACUGCGUUCCGACGUUUUCAAACCCAAGCGCGAAGACCAUGUCGCUCAGGCGAAGACAGCAACUCAUCCGCCUCGCACGAGAAUUUGACGCCCUUGUGGUCACCGACGAUGUGUACGACAUACUACGCUGGCCAGUGGCUAAGGACGGAAGCUAUGAGAGCCUCGGUGAUGUACCUCCACGAAUUGUCGAUAUCGAUCGCACGCUUGAAGGAGGCCCCAAAGAUGAAUGGGGUAAUGCUAUGAGCAAUGGUUCGUUCUCGAAGAUCAUAGCACCGGGUGUACGAGUAGGUUGGGCAGAAGCGACUCCUGCAUUCACGCUUGCACUGUCGCAAGUGGGUGCGACCAGAUCUGGAGGCUGUCCCGCACACAUGGCUGCUUCAUUCGUUCAUGAGGUGCUUGAGUCUGGGUCAUUAGGCAAGCAUCUUGAGACCAAAGUUCUUCCGACGUUUCGGGCCCGCUAUUAUGCUAUGCUGGAAGGGAUAGAGAACUUUCUGGUACCACUGGGUGUCACUAUCUCCACUGGGAAGCCGUACAAUGAGAAUUCUGACCAAGCGAGCGGCGCCGACACUAGUCCUGACGAGUUUUCUGCGCAAGCUGGAGGCUACUUCAUUUGGCUACUGUUGCCAAAAGGUCUGGCUGGAAAGGGUGCCGAUUUGGCUGCCAAAGGCUUGGAGAAAUACAGUGUAAAGUUUGCAUAUGGCGACAUGAUGCAAGUGCAAGGGGACCCUACAUCCGCCGUUCGUGCGGCAAAGGGCUAUGGAAAUGGCAUACGUUUAUCAUGGGCAUGGCACACGGAGGUAGAGAUUCUUGAAGGUAUUAAGAGAUUAAGUGCAUUAAUCAAGGAAGGUAGUACAUAG